AGUUGAGGGGAGGGAGGGAGGAGGAGGAGGAGGAGGGAGGAGAGUGGACGAAGCUGGCCGCAAUGCAGGGCGCAGCUCUGAUGGGAGCCUGCGCUGCUUCGACAGUGGCUCUCAAUGUCGCCAUGCAGCAGUUCGCCGGAGCCGGGGGAAUGGGGGACACAGGAAAUGGAUCGGAAGAUGAUGAUUAUCCUCCGAGCCUUUUAGCUGCGAACAUGAAUGCGCAGUUUCUAGCUGUGAUGUGCGCUGGAGGGAUCACGAGCGAGGAUCUGUUCGGGUCGACUAGUCCUCAGCUUUGGUACAUAAAACCCCGAUCGACUCAGUGGUGGGAUGUGUUCGUCAGUCAACCCGAGAAUGAGGAGCCCGAGAAGUGGAAGACUCUGUUUAGGGUUUCGAAGCCCACCUUCGAUUACAUUUGUGGCCUGGUACGUGCAGACAUGGAGACUUUUAAGAAUCCUUCCAAUUUUUCCCACAUUAAGGGGCGCGAAAUCACGGUCGAGAAGCAGGUGGCCGUAGCACUUCGGAGGCUGAGCUCUGGAGAUCCUGUGUCAACGGUGGGCGAGCUUUUCGGUGUUGGAAAUGCCACCGUCUCAAAAGUCACCUGGAGGUUUAUCAAAGCCAUUGUGGAGCGUGCCCGCCACCAUCUCAAGUGGCCAGAGGGUGAGCAGAUGGAACGAGUGAAGGCCUCGUUCGAAGACCUGACCGGGCUCCCGAAUUGUUGUGGUGUUGUUGGAUUGACCCAUAUCCGGAUCCUUUUCCCACCAGAAGAGUCUUCUGUACAGUGGAUGGACCGGGUUGGAAACAUCAGCAUGGUUUCUCAAGCCAUAGUAGACACGAAUAUGCGCUUUCUCGAUGUUUGUAUAGGAUGGCCAGGAGCAAAUGAAGAUGCUGAAGUCCUACAAAACUCAACUUUUUACAGGCUGAGUGAAUCUGGAGAAAGGUUGAACGGUCCUGCAAAGUUCAUAGUUGGACGAACUAUGCCGGAAUAUGUUUUGGGAGGUGCCGGUCACCCUUUACUUCCAUGGCUUAUUACUCCUUAUCCACAAGAUUUCGUUACUGCGAACAAUGAGUAUUUCACAAGGACGCCGCUGCAGGCGGCUUACAAUGCACGUCACGAGUCUGCUAGAGUCGUUGUCGACAAUGCCUUCGCUUACCUGAAGGGGGUGUGGCGAAUGCUUUACAAGGCGAACCGAAAUCCAAACACACCAAAACUCUCUAGUCUAGUUUUUGCAUGCUGCUUGCUCCAUAAUAUACUCCUCGACCGAGGUGAAGUGAUCGAUGAGAAGCUUUGGUUGAAUGGGCACCACGACGAAGGAUACUCAGCUCUUGUUGCCGAGCAAUAUGGAGACUCAGAUGGGUGGCAGUACAGAGAUAUGUUGACGGAGUUCUUAGCUCUCCACAACCGCCUUUAAGUAGACAGCACUCAAUCUCUGUCAUGGAGGAGGAGGAGAGCAUCUACCUUGCGUGAUCUGCUAUCUUCCAUAUCUUCAAGGCAGGCGACAAGGCCUCUGUGGUUUCCAUGUUACCACAUCGUACAUCCGGCAUCCGCUCUGUUUGCUCUGUAAUCUAAGUGCCCGCAUUGACUGGCGCCACCUGCAGCCAGUACACCACGUUGUCCACUUAGAUGCUCGGAAUUUCUCACGUGGUCCUACGGUCCUUUCUUCCGAUCUGAGCUCAUGAGUGCGGUUUUUAGGCCUUGGGAUAUUUGCAUUGCUUUGUGUGUAAAACCAAGAAACUUGGAUGUUCACGUAUUACUUAUGGAGAUAAUUUCCUUUGUGGCUAUUGGUAUUUGUGCA